AUGGAAGAGUUUGGCGCUCGAGAUAUAAACAAGCCAAAUGACGAUGGGAUCUCGUCAGGAAGAUUAAACUUAUUAUCAUCACCUUUGAAGAUUUCAUUAGCCAGUACACAGUCUCAACAGCAACAACAACAAUUACAAUUACAACAUAUCAACAAAUCCUUGAGAUCCAGUACAUCUGCCAUUGCAACACCGCAAGAGGAAAAUGGUGAUUUUGCAGUGAUAUCAAAUCAAUUUACAAGUCUUAUUGAACAAUUAUCUAAAAUUUAUACUGAAAUUGGUUAUUCUAAAAAUGAUAUACAAAAAAAUGAAAAGAAAUUAUUCACAGCGGUAUCUAAUACAUUUGAUCAGUUUUUGGAAGAUUCAUUGAAUUAUAAAAAUGAUUUGAUUAAACAAAAUAAUGAAAUCACAACAAACUUGAAAAUCAUUUUAAACAUUCUUGAUGAUCCAACUGGUAAUAAAUCUAUACCUGAUUUAUAUUUGAGGAAUCUAGUUGUUAAAGAAAACCAAGAAACUUCAACUCUAUUGAGUAAGAAAAAAUCAUUGAAUAUAGCGGUGAAUCAUGUUAUGGGGAAAUAUCAAAGUACAAUGUUAAAAUAUUUAGAAAACUGUAUGAAAUUAAACAAAAUCCAAUCAAGACUUGGUGAUGAUGUUGUUUCAAAUGAUGAUGGAAAAGCUUUAAAUAUACCAAAUUUAGAAAACUCAAUAAGUAUCUUCAAUGUUUUUGAAUCUUCAACUUCAAGUUCUGAGAUUUAUGAAAUGGUUGCAUCAGAUCCAGAAACUUUUUUCCAAAAUUUAUCAUUAUGUGACUUAUCAAUUAUUAAAUUUGAUUUAAUUACUUCCAAGACACAAUUUUGUGAAAAUCAAAUCCAUGAAAGAUUAAUAUUAGUACAAUCGUUAUCAUCUGAGAUUAUUGAACUCUCAAAAGAAUUGGAAAUUGAUUAUAAUAAUGAUUACAUCACAUUAGCAGAAACAAUACAAACAUUCACAACACCAAAUACUGAUCUCAAUCAAUUCAACAUAGGACAAGAUAUAAUCAAUGAAUUAGAACGUGUAAUUCAAGAACUAAAAUCAAUAAAAGAAUCUAGAUUCGAACAAAAACAAACAUAUCAAAAACAAUGUGAAGAAUUAUGGGUUAAAUUAGGUGAAGAACAAAGUCAAAUUGAAAAUUUCCAAUACAUCAAUAAAUCAUUAUCAAUUAUUAGUAUACAAAACUAUGAAUCAGAGCUAGAAAGACUUUUGGAGCUGAAGAAAGUCCUAAUGAAAGAUCUUAUACUCGACGCAAGAAAUAAAAUAACAGAAUUUUGGGAUUUAUUAUUUUAUUCUGAUGAAGAAAGAGAUAAAUUUUCACCAUUUAAAAGAGAGAUUUAUGAUGAUCAAACAUUAAGUGAACAUGAAGAACAAAUUGAAUCUUUAUCUAAGAAAUAUGAAACUUAUAAACCAAUAUUGGAUGGUGUUCAACAAUUUAAAGAUUUGAUACAAGAUAAACAACAAUUAGAAAUUAGUUCAAAAGAUUCUUCAAGAUUAUUACAAAGAAAUUCACAUAAAAUCUUAAUGGAGGAAGAAAAAAUUAGAAAAAGAUUAUCAAGACAAUUACCAAAAAUUGUGGAAUCUUUAAAAAUUAAAUUAAAUGAAUUUGAAAAAAAUUAUGGUUAUCAAUUUACAUUUGUUGAUUCAGAAAUUUUAUCACAAAUUGAAGAACAAGGUAAAAACUUAGCGAAUAGUGGAAGAGCAUCAACAAGAAGAGUUGUAAGUGCUGGUGCAGGUGCAGGAACUGGCUCAACUGCACCAACACGCCCAACAUCAAGAGCAGUUUCAAGACAACCAACAAGACCACCAUCAAGAGCUCCAUCAACACAACCAACUAGACAACCAACUAGAGCACCAACUAGACAACCUUCAAGAAUGGCAUCACGUACCACCUCAAGAUUAAAUUCUCCAACAAAACCAAUACCAGCAAACCCAGCGCCAUUAUCAAAUAAUAGCUCAUCAAGAUUACCAAUACAAAGCGUUCAAGGUAUUAGAAAACCAUCAGUACCAAUCCCCUCAUAUAAAAGACCAACUCUGGCUUCAAGACCUUCAAUACCCAAAUCUCAAUCAUGUAUACCCAAAUUAUCAUCCCCACCAAAAGAUUCAAGAUUAAAUAUAAGUUCAAAUAUGUUGAAAGAUCCUUCAAUACGAAGAACUCCAAUAAGAGCAACACCAUCAUUACAAAGAAGUACAAGUUCAUUUCAACCACAAUUAUCAAGAUUAGAUGAACAAUCAUUAACAGGGAGUCCCAAAUCAAGAACCAAACCAAGAUUAUCACCUUUAAAAGAAUCUAAUAGAUCAAAUUUACCAUUAUCAAAUUUAAAAUUAAAACCUAGUGUUAAUACAGUAACAACAUCACCUUUAAAAUCUUUGAAAAAAGAUGAAUAUAGUUCACAAGAGAAAAUUCAUGAAGAAGAUGAAUUGAUAAGUUCUGAUGUUGAGAAUGAUACUUAUUCAAGUUGGAGAAGAGAACAACUACAAAGAUUAAAUAAAACUUCAAUUGAUCUGAGACAAGAUACUUUUUAA